UGUGCGAGUUCUAUAGGAGAGAAGAAAAAAAAAUUGAAUAUUUCCUAUAACGUUAAUAAAUAUAAUAUAGCAACAGGAAGUGUAACAGAGAAUGGAUAACGGCAAAAUUUCAUAUAAUGAAGAUAAACUUAAGGAUACUGCUUUACCAGCCGCCGAUAAAAUUCCUGAUAAAGAAAUAUUAAAGGAUACUGAUCAAGAUGAUAAAACGGAUUCAGCACCACCAAUAUCAUUUUUUAAAUUAUAUAAAUAUUCAACAUGGAAUGAUAGAUUUUUAAUAAUUAUUGGUAUAGCAUGUGCAGUAGCAACUGGUUUAACAGCACCAGCUCAUACAUUAAUAUUUGGAGAUUUAGCAGAUGCUAUGAUUGAACAAGGUGGCGCUAUUAUUAAUGGAACAGCAACAGAUUUUACAAUUUUUUUAGAUUCAAUACAAAAAUUUGCGAUGUUUAAUUCAAUAAUUGGUGCUGUUAUGUUAAUAUGCAGUUAUGUAUCAGUUACAACAUUUAAUUAUGCUGCACAUUCUCAAAUAUUUACUAUAAGAGGAAUAUAUUUUCGUUCAAUUUUAAAUCAAGAUAUUGAAUGGUUUGAUUUUAAUCAGAGUGGUGAAUUUGGAAGUCGUAUGAAUGAGGAUUUAACAAAAAUGGAAGAUGGUUUGGGCGAAAAAGUUGUUAUGUUUAUUCAUUAUGUUGUAGCUUUUAUCGGAUGUAUAUCAUUAGCUUUAGGAAAAGGAUGGUUAUUAGCUUUAGCUUGUCUAGCAAGUUUACCAAUUACUAUGGCUUCAAUGGGAGUUGUUGCAAUUAUAACAUCAAGACUGUCAAAAAAAGAAGUUGAUGAAUAUGCUAAAGCUGGAAGUAUAGCUGAAGAAACAUUUAGUGGUAUUAGAACUGUAAUGGCAUUUGGUGGUGAACAGAAAGAAGUGAAUCGUUAUAAAAAAAAUUUGGUUGUUGCUAGAAAAGUUAAUCAAAAGAAAGGAUUUUUUUCUGGUCUUGGUUUUGGUUUACUUUGGUUUUUUAUUUAUGGUUCUUAUGGUUUAGCAUUUUGGUAUGGUGUUGGAUUGGUACUUGAUGAAAAAGAUUUACCAAAAGAUCAAGUUACAUAUACAGCAGGAGUUAUGAUGACAGUUUUCUUUUCAGUAAUGAUGGGAUCAAUGAAUUUAGGUGUUGCAUCUCCUUAUAUUGAAUCUUUUGGUGUUGCAAAAGGAGCUGGUGCAAAAAUAUUUCAAUUAAUUGAAAGUAUACCAAAAAUAAAUCCAUUAUUAGGAAAAGGUGAAAUACCAGAUAAAGUUAUAGGAAAUAUUGAAUUUCGAAAUGUACAUUUUCAAUAUCCGAGUAGACCGGAUGUAAAAGUAUUACAAGGUUUAAGUUUAAAUAUACAACGUGGUGAAACAGUUGCUUUAGUUGGUAGUUCUGGUUGUGGAAAAUCUACAUGUAUACAACUUUUACAACGUUUCUAUGAUCCAGCAGAUGGCCAAAUUUUAAUUGACAAUAAUGAUAUAAAAGAAUUAAAUGUAAAUUGGUUAAGAAGUCAUAUCGGUUCAGUUGGACAAGAACCAGUAUUAUUUGGAACAACAGUUUAUGAAAAUAUUCGUUAUGGCAGAGAAGAUGCUACAAGAGAAGAAAUUGAAAAUGCAGCAAAAGCUUCAAAUGCACAUAUUUUCAUUAAAAAAUUACCAAAAGGAUAUGACACACUCGUUGGAGAAAGGGGCGCUCAAUUAUCUGGUGGACAAAAGCAACGUAUUGCAAUUGCUAGAGCUUUGAUUAGAAAUCCAGAAAUUUUAUUAUUAGAUGAAGCAACAUCAGCUCUUGAUACCGCCAGUGAAGCUAAAGUACAGGAAGCUCUAGAAAAGGCCAGUAUGGGUCGAACAACAAUUAUUAUUGCACAUCGUUUAACAACUAUCCGGAAUGCUGAUAAAAUUGUUGUCAUUAAUAAAGGUCAAGUUGUUGAAAUUGGUAAUCAUUCUGAAUUAAUGGAAUUAAAAGGUCAUUAUUUCCAAUUGAUUACUUCGCAGAUUGGAGAAGAUGUUGAUGAUGGGAGAAUACGAACGCCUUCUGUUACAACUGUACCAACAUUUAAAGCCAUUACACCGGUUGAUGAAGAUGAGGAAUUUACAUUUGAUGCUGAUGAUGAGGAUGAAGAGUUGGAUAAAAAAAAGAAAAAGGAAGGUGAAAAUGUCUCUCUUCUUGAAAUAAUCAAGUUGAAUCAGACUGAAUGGCCACAUAUAGUAGUAGGAUCUGUUACAGCAAUAAUUAUAGGCUGUACAAUGCCAUUAUUUGCUGUAAUAUUCGGAGACAUCUUGCAAAUUUUGUCUUAUCCAGACAACGAUUAUGUUCGAUCGCAAACCAAUACUUAUUGCUUAUACUUCGUAUUAUGCGGUAUUGUUACCGGUUUAGCAACAUUCCUUCAAAUAUACUCGUUUACAAUUGCUGGUGAAAUAUUAACAGAGCGAUUACGUGGAAUGGCAUUUAGUGCAAUGUUAAGACAGGAAAUUGCUUGGUUCGAUAAUAAAGCUAAUGGAACGGGUACACUCUGUGCAAGAUUAUCAAACGAUGCUGCAGCUGUUCAAGGAGCUACUGGUCAACGUGUUGGUAUUAUCUUGCAAUCAAUUGCAACCAUUCUACUUGCAGUCAUAUUGUCAAUGUAUUACGAAUUUAAAUUAGGAUUGUUAGCUUUAGCAUUCACUCCAUUUAUUCUUGUUGCAACAUUCCUUCAGAGACGUGUGCAAAUUCAGGAAAAUAUGGGUUCUAGUAAAGCUAUGGAAAGUUGUACGAAAUUGGCAAUUGAAGUGGUAUCUAGUGUUAGAACUGUAGUUUCAUUGGGUCGCGAACAAAUGUUUUAUAGUCAAUAUGUAGCACUUCUCGAACCUGCGGUUACCUCUGCAAAAAAAAUGACUCAUUUUAGAGGAUUUGUUUAUGGUUUGGCGAGAUCAUUGAUGUUUUUCGCUUUUGCCGCUUGUAUGUUUUAUGGUGGACAUCUUGUAGCAUAUGAAAAUCUUGAAUAUGGAAAAGUUUUUAAAGUGUCACAGGCUUUGAUUAUGGGAAGUGUUUCAGUUGCGAAUGCUUUAGCAUUUGCUCCUAAUUUCCAAAAAGGCCUAACCGCAGCUGGCCAUAUAUUUGCGUUAUUAAGACGUGAACCAAAAAUACAAGAUCCACUUGGAACAGCUGGUGAUAUGAAAAUAAUGAGCGACGGAAAUGUUGUAUAUGAGAACAUUAAAUUUAGAUAUCCGACCAGAAAACAUUAUACAGUAUUUAAUGAUUUGAAUUUGGAAGUUACUACUGGACAGACAGUGGCAUUAGUUGGUCCUUCUGGUUGCGGUAAAUCAACUUGUUUACAAUUAUUGCAAAGAUUUUAUGAUGCUGAGAAUGGUAAAGUAUUAAUUGAUAAACGAGACAUAAAAACAAUGUCACUGAGGAAUGUUCGUUCGCAAUUGGGUUCGGUAUCCCAAGAACCAAUGUUAUUUGAUCGUACCGUAGCUGAAAAUAUUGCUUAUGGCGAUAAUGAACGUCAAAUAGAUAUUUUAGAAAUCAUUGAAGCGGCAAGAAAAGCAAAUAUUCAUAAUUUUAUAACAUCUCUGCCUAUGGGUUAUGAAACUCGAUUAGGAGAAAAGGGAACACAAUUAUCUGGUGGUCAAAAACAAAGAAUUGCUAUUGCAAGAGCUUUGAUAAGAAAUCCAAAAAUAUUGUUAUUAGACGAAGCGACGUCUGCAUUGGAUGCUGAAAGUGAGAAGAUUGUUCAAGAAGCUUUAGAGAGUGCACGUGAAGGUCGAACAUGUAUUACAAUUGCUCAUAGAUUGUCUACUAUAAUUGAUUCCGAUAUUAUCUUUGUUUUGGAUGGUGGUGAAGUUAUUGAAAAGGGUACUCAUGCAGAAUUAAUAAAGAAGAGAGGACUCUAUUUUAGUUUAUAUAAAUUACAAUCCGGUCAAAGAUAAUAAAUAGUCAAAGGAAAAUUAAUUUAUUAGAUAACUAAAUUAAAAAAUAUGUUUUAGAACAAAAUAUAUAUGUAUAUAACUUUUAAGAAAAUUGGAAAUUAGUUGUUUAUUUUCUUUUAUAUAAUUAUAAAUGUAUUUUUGAACAACAUUGCAUUUAAACAGUAGGUUUAAACACUGAAUCUGUUCAAGGAGACCGAUAUCACAUUUUCGUCCAGGAAAGUAAAAUUAUAAAGCAAGUUUUUUGAAAUUCAAUUUUACAGUUCUGCUUGUCAGAAGUUAAUGGAAAUCGGAUUUUAGAUUAAAUUUACUACGAAACAAAUUUUGGUUUUUUUUUUAGAAGUGAUUAAUAUUUGAAAUAAGAGAACAAAUAAUGCAGUUUCUGUAGAAAUGUUUAACUGAAUUUUACUGUUCUGAAUAAUAAUAAAUUUAUUGAAUAUUAUUUAGAAAUUACCCGGUUAUGAACACAUCCAGAUUUUUUCCACAUGAAAUGUCUUAAUGUCACUCUUAUAGUGCA